ACCAUGGAAAGAAGUGAAACUAAUGACGAAAAAAAGAUUUCGGAUCCGAUAGACAGAGAGCCAUCUUUAACACCACCACCCGAACUUAACGAAUAUCAACUAAGAACUACGGUUGGCACACUAAGAGCGACACUCUCACAAUAUUCAGAAGGGCUUCGAUCUGAAAAUGUCGACAUCGGUUCACCAAGUAUAUCUUACGAGCCACAGGAUGAUAUAGAGUUAGAUCCUGAACUUUUAGCUAUUCAACAGUCUAUUAAACAGCCAAAUGGAAAAUCAAACAGAUACGUUGAUGCUAAAGUUGAGAUAACAGUAUUUCCUGUUCGUCAUCCGGGUAUGCAAACUAUGGAUGCAAACAGAACCACUCAGACUGAAUUCGACAAGCCUAUUAAAUUUAUCAUGAAAGCGCAAGACAAUUUCGAGCUAAUGAUAAAGAACAUAUGUGAAAAAAGAAAUAUAGGGAAACAAGAUAUAGUGUUGACGUAUAAAAAAGUAAAAGUAUUUCCGCGUAGCACACCGGAAAGUUUAGGAAUGUCUGGUCAAGCGCAUAUGGAGGUAUUCACAAAAGACACAUAUAACUAUUACAAAGAACGGAAUGACUUAUUAAAACAUAAAAUGUUAGAGGAAAUAGAGAGAGAAUCAAAAUUGUUAUCGGAUAAUUCCAAUGAGUCCGAUUUUGAUAAUGCAGAAAAAACAUUUCAAACGGAUAUUGAUUAUCUUCAUCUAAAGUUGUUGAGCAAAGAUGAAUCAAUCGAAAAGUUGAAAAUAAAAAAGACCUUAACAGUACAAGCUGUUAUUGACCAUUACAAAAAAAUCAAGAACAUCCCGGACGGUGUUCAGAUGAAAUUGAUGUUUGAAGAUGCUGUGCUAUCUGUUACUGAUAUGCUGGGGGAUACUGAUUUGGAGCAUGAUUACGUGGUU